AUGGCUGAACCACGUGCACGCGCUGGCAAAAAUGUCGGCAAGAUGAACUUCAACCCAUCAGAGUUGACGCAGUUCCUCAUCGCCCACGGCGAUUCCCGAACACCGCUUCCCGAGACAAUCCGCGUGUUGGACGAGGUCGUGACGGAGUUCAUUCAAGGGCUGAGCUUUGAGGCGACCCGGGUCGCGCAGCUUGCAGGGCGGCAAAAGGUCAAGUACGAGGACUUCGAGUUUGCGAUGCGCCGAAAUCCGAUCUUUCUGGGCAAGGUGCAGGACAACUUCGAAAGAAAGAAGGAAGUUGAUAUGGCUAAGAAACUGUUCAACGAGGAUGAAUUUGGUGCCGAUGCGGCGGGUGAGGGCGUUCCUAGUAAACGUGGUCGAAAGCCGAAGAAUAAGACCGAAGAGGGCAGCCAACCCAACGGCGCUGAGGUAGUUGACGAGGAACUGGGUGAGGCCGACGAUGACGCAGAAGCUGAAGCAGAUGCUGUGGGUUCCAAGAAGUGA